AUGAGUGCACCACCCACGCCGCUUCACCCCGGGCCGAAUCAAGAAGUCAGAGACUUGCCGCAUUCACAGUUGGCCGCUGAUGACCUAGAUCUCAAUCCUGGUCUAGAGGACGAUUUGGAUGAUGAUGAUAUAAGUAUUCACCCACCCAGUACGGUCAAGGAAGAAAACCAUAAUGGCGAUGACCAAGUUAAUGUGGAGGUUUCCCUGUGGACAUUGCCAUUUGAAGAUGCUAUUGGGGCUGAAAUUCUAAAAUUACAGAAGAAUGCCCAUCCCAGCGUCAGUAGUGGUCAGCAGAGCAAGCUUAUAGCAUAUUUGGACCAUGAACUCUUGCAAGUACAGAGAAAAUUCGUCAAAAACCAAGCUGAAACUAGGAAAGAGUACCACUUGCAGCAAUUGCUUCAAGAUGUGGCACAGAUACUUGAUGUUCUCUGGGUACUGAUCUCUCCUGAGUACAGCUUAUUUGGUCAAGAAGAAUAUUUCAUUAAAAUCCUUGGUGACUUGGAAGAUUGGAUUGAGUGGUACGCUUUUGAUACUGAUGGUGGCGAUAGAAAUAGAGAUCUAUUCCUCUUUGAGCUCUUCACUUUCUUUCAAAAGGUUGAUGUCAGAGUUUCCCUUCUUAUAGAUGGUGUAUCCAGUAAAGAUGGUCUGAAAUUUGAUAGAACUCAGCUUGUCCGUCUUUUUCCAAUAGCAAAUCGAUUGAGGCUUACUAUAGUAAGCAAGCUACGUCCAUUGCGGGACGAAUUGGCACGUCAAAGGGACCUAGCAAACAAGGCUGCGGAUAUUUCCCUCAACAUAAUAGAUGUUGAAGUUGGACGACUUUUCGAAGGUACUUUGGACAGAAGCUGA